AUGGAUGAGUUUGCUUUUGAUAUCAAGAGUUGGUAUGUUCAUCCUAGUGGUUUAAAUGCUUUUGAAGUAAGAAAUGGCUUCCACUCAUAUGGAGUGAACUUAGAUGGGAUGUAUUGUACAUGCAGACUUUGGGAGUUGUCUGGGAUCCCCUGUGUCCAUGCCCAAGCAACCAUAAUUUACACACAACAGGAUCCAGCUAGAUUCAUCAGCACAUGGUUUGGUAAGGACAAGUUUUUAGCUACUUAUGAGUCUAACAUCCUUCCUGUUAAUGGCAGUAAUGUGUGGGAACCAACACCUUACACCAAACCACUACCACCUGUUGAAAGAAGGAUGCCAGGAAGGCCUUGUAUGAAAAGGAAAAGGCAUGUCUCUGAGCAUCAAGACAGAGGUGGUAGAAGAGGUGGAAUAGGGAGUGGAAGAGGUGGUAGAAGAGGGGGUAGAAGUGGUGGAAGAGGGUCUACCAGUGUUUAUGAAGAAGGUGAAAGUUCUGGGAAAAAAGAACCUGGGAUUGAGACUCAAUUUGUCACCCAAACAACACCUAAUGUUGAGAGUCAAUUUGUCACCCAAACAGCACCUAUUGUUGACAGUGAACAUGUACCAGAAACACAGGAAGCAGAUGUUAACAUUGAUGAUGAAGGUGAUGGUCUUGAUAUGGCUGAUCUGGAUCAGAUACUGCAUGAUUUGAGUUACCUUAAAGAGUCAAAAUACAGUGAAGCAGAGAUCCUUUUGCGUCUUAAUAUCACCCAAUCACAACUUAAAGGAUUUGAUGCUUUGCUUCACCAAUCCAAACAAGCUGCAAAGGCAUAUAUUAUAACAUUGACAGUGAAUUUUAUUUUUCAAUAA